GUCCGUUUGAGAGCUGGCUUGACCAUUUGAACGAGCUAGGGCAAUGUGACAAGAACUGUCACUGUUGCAACCAAACAACGCCCACAAACUCUAACAAUGGCGCCCAAACGAGCAAAUGCGCGAGACGGCACCACGUCGACACCUGCGACCACGCAAGCCGGUGUAGCUACCGCUGGCACGACUCCUGCGCCCGUCCUAAAGGCCCAGAAGACGACGGCAAACCAGAACUACAGCUCGGUGGUGACCAAUAUCGUAGACCACUACCUUGACACAACCCCGCAGCGGACCAAGCUCAUCGAUGCCUUCAUGGCCUUCCUCGUCGUCGCCGGCGCGUUGCAAUUCGCCUACUGCGUCCUGGCGGGCAACUAUCCCUUCAAUGCCUUCCUCUCCGGCUUCUCCUCCACGGUCGGGCAGUUUGUGUUGACUGCCUCCCUACGAAUCCAGACGACCGAAGCGAACAAGUCUGACUUCCCAGCAGUGUCCCCGGAGAGAGCAUUCGCGGAUUACAUUGUGUGCAGCCUGAUCCUGCACUUCUUCUGCAUCAACUUCAUCAAUUGAGCCAGGCCAAGGUGACGCCUGCCGAUGACGAUACUGGUGAGGGAAAUGGGUCCUCCGUCGUACUCAUGGGGACGAUCUUGUAUACAUAUAUAGGCGUUCGGAAGCGUACGAAAGGGAAAGCAAGUCAAAAAGGAGCUGAACCGGCAAGGUACGCGAGAAGCUGCGGGUAUUCAGCAGUCCGCGACGAAAAGAGUUGCUAGUAUUUGCUAGAGCCAUGAUAAGCAGAUGGUUUACCUAAU